CUCCAAAACCUCGCAUGACAUGGUAUAUUCUCGACCUCGUUAAAACCGAACAGCAGUAAACAGCACAAACCCGUCAACAUGUCGCUCCAUAUCAGCAAGCCAGCAGCCUCAAACGAGUCGAAACCCAAUAAACUCCCCCCCGUGCCCAAGGUCGGUGACAAGGCGCCCGUGUCCGACCUGCUGCGCUUCCCCCAGCCCAAGCCCACCAUAGUAGUCUUCCUCCGCCACUGCGGCUGCCCAUUCGCCGAAAAGACCUUCAAAAACUUCACCAAGCUCUCCGCCCAGCACCCGGAGGUCCACUGCGUCGCCAUCUCGCACUCCUCCCAGCCCACCACCGACGACUGGAUCAUCCAGGUCGGCGGUGAGUGGGAAGUCGACGUGCUCGCCGACCCCGCGCGGGACCUCUACGCCGAAUGGGGCCUCGGUCUGACCUCGACCUGGCACGCCUACAACCCGUGGGCGCUGUACUCGACGUACCGCCUCAGCCGCGACGAGGGCGUCCGCGGCGGCCCGCAGGGCGGGUCCCGGUGGCAGAUGAGCGGCGCCUUCGCCGUCGACGUCGAGGGCCACGUCAGGUGGGCGCGCUUGCCCAAGUCCGCCGAUGAUAUCCCAGACUUUGCCGACGCGCUGAGGGCGCUGCAGCUGGGGGGCGAGGGUCGGGCUUGAGUGUUGGGAGAAGGGGAAUCUCGGAGCCUGGGCGUGCGGGAAAAAGGGGGUGGGGGAAGGGAAGGGUGGUUUUGGGUGGUAAUGGCCAAUGGCAAAGUUGCUUCAUGUAUAACACACUCGCUCGCUGCUUGCUGUAUAUUUGCAAGUUUCUCUCAUCGCAAUCGCUCUGUGCUUCAUGGCGCCGCGGAGCAUGAUGGAGUUAGGUGGCCAUGCUAUCAUUGGUGUCACAGUAUGCUAAUAUUGACUGAUAUAAUUAAUGAAACCCAAUCUCCAAA